GAAAGUAAAAGUAUUCACGCAACAGAGCAUCUGUAAUAAGACGAGACGAGAGCAAGUACUAAAAAAAAUAAAGACACGAGAUCCCAAACACAGCACAUCUAGCGAGAGACAGAGAGACCGCAUCUAGCGAGAGACAGAGGAGAGAGAUCGGAGAAUCCUUAUUCCGGCGGCGGUUGGGCGGUGGGGAUUUGGGUUUGCAAAUAACGGAUUUUGAAGAGAAUGGCUUAUAGAAGAAGGCAAGGACAGGGAUUAGGAAGGGAUUGGAAACCGACGUCGUUUAAAGAAGAAAAUAAUGAAACUUCUUCAUCUUCAACACCCACAUCUCCAUCUCUUGUAGCCAAAGCCAUUAGAGCAUCUUCUUCUUAUAAAGACUCUUCUCUCUCCUCUGCUUAUUACCCUUCUCUCUCUUCCCCUGUUUCUCAUUCCCCUGCUUCUCCACCUGUUAUUAAGGAUUCUCCUACAUAUCAAUCUUCUUCUUCAAAGCAAUCAUUUUGGGGGGUUCUUGCUCGUAAAGCAAAAGGGAUUAUUGAUGAUAACGAUGGAGGUGGAGGUGGAAUUAAUUCACCAAGAGCUCCCUUAUCCGAGUCAACUACUCCCAAAGCUCAGUAUUAUCAUACAACUGAAGCUCAGACUCGUCGGAAACCUGACAAUCCUUCUAUACAGAAGGGCCUAGAUGCAAUUACUUCAUCCCUCAAUUAUCUUGGGGGCACUAUAGGCAAUGCUUUUGAGGAAGGGCUUACAAUGGUUGAAAAUCGAACAGCAGAUAUCAUUCAGGAGACUCGAAAGAUUCAAAUAAAGAAAAAGGAUCGCAAUUUUGAUGUCCAAAAUCAGAAUUCAAAUAUUUAUGGUCAGCGGCAACAACUCUCUGUGCAGACUCAUACGCAGCCACAGACGCCUGCAGAUCUAGAAAUACAACUGAAGGCAUCCCGAGACGUUGCGAUGGCAAUGGCUGCUAAAGCAAAGCUUCUUCUUCGGGAGCUGAAAACGGUCAAAGCAGAUUUAGCGUUUGCAAAAGAACGGUGUGGUCAGCUGGAAGAGGAAAAUAGAGUUAUCAGAGAGAGUAGCGCAAAAGGAGGUGGCCCCGAAGAUGAUGAUUUGAUACGGCUUCAACUUGAGACACUUCUAGCUGAGAAAGCUCGGUUGGCACAGGAGAACUCGGUCUUUGCACGAGAAAACCGUUUUCUCAGGGAAAUUGUGGAGUACCACCAGUUAACGAUGCAGGAUGUUGUAUAUUUGGAUGAGAACAACGAAGAGGUAACUGAGGUUUACCCCAUUAAAGUUCCAUCAGUACUUAAUGCGCAAACAUCCAGCACAACAGCGACUUCACUCCCCUCCCCAACUCCACCACCUGCUGCUCAGCUUACUGCUAGUCCACAAGCAUCAAAAGAAGUUUCUCCUUUUCAAGUACCACCAUGAAAUUACGUAAUUUGUCAUACGAAGAUCUACCAUAUCCUCAUAUUUAUGGUAAUCCAUUGUUGUUCUAGGAUGGAGCCCUUUUUGGCAAUUGUUUAUUGUACUUCACGUGGUUUGCAGAUUUUUUAUGUAGCGUCAACACUUUGAAAGUUAGCCUACAGGAAGUGUAAAGAAGAAAUUACAUCCUUCUGCUGGUCUUUGUGAAAGUUCAUCCGAGGUCCAUUCUGGUGUGUACAUUAUUAAUGCGAGCUUAUUGUAUACAAAAUCGAACUGGGUGGUUUGGUCCUGUUGAAGUGCUGUAGACAAAAAUAAUAAAUCUAUGUAUAUUUUGAAUUUCGCACUUGUGGGCAAGAUUAGUGACUCCUGAACACCAUUUCGUUCUGAUGGUUGUGAAUGAACGGGUGACAGUGAAAUGAAAUUUGUACUAUUUUAUUGGUAAAAUCUUCAUAAUUUGUUUUA